AGGUUUUGGUUUUUAUGUUGACAAAUACCAUUGGCAGAUCUUGAAUGCAAGAAACAUAUUGAAUAACUUUUGAACUCGUCCUUUUAAUGGCUGAUCAUUAUCCCCCAUGUUUGUCAUCCAUUUGCCAAGUUCACUAAGAAGAAAUUUUCAGUAAGUUACUAACUCUGCGUAUAAUAAUAAGUGGAAAUGCUUCCUUGAAUUUGAAUGAAUCCAUAUGUAUUUGUGUAGUACUCCACAGAUAAACACUUGGACAUCAAAUUGGAUUCAAUUUUAUGGGGAGCAUAGAUUGGGUUAUCAACUGAAGUGGGCACGUGAACAGUAUGGUGAUUCAACCAUAUAUGAAAGAGGACAAAGACUGGUGAAGAAUAUGGGACCGCUUUUCGAAGAUGUUUUGAUAGAGCCAUGCCUGUUACAUGGAGACUUAUGGAGUGGGAAUAUUAGCUCUGACAAGAACGGAGACCCUGUUAUACUUGAUCCAGCUUGUUACUCUUAUCGCAGCGAAAAGGUGCUGUGCUGCUGUGUCUUUCUGUCCCAGUCCAACGUUGUCAAGGCAACUGAAAAUGCUUGCGAGCUAUAUGGCACCGAGGCAGAGAAUGACAUGUCCGAUGCAACACGUGAAAGCUGUUGGCUGGGUACAUGCCAUGUCGGAUUGAAGGAUAGGCAUGACUAG